AUGUCAGUGAAGACACGUACGGCCCAGGGAGGGGGCCACCGCACCUUACUGUACGGACACGCUGUUCUGCUACGACACUCCUACAGCGGCAUGUACCUCUGUUGCCUAGGUACCUCCCGAUCCUCAACCGACAAACUGGCGUUUGAUGUUGGACUGCAGGAAGACACAACAGGAGAAGCAUGUUGGUGGACCAUCCACCCUGCCUCCAAGCAGAGGUCAGAGGGAGAGAAGGUCCGAGUCGGGGAUGACCUCAUCCUAGUGAGCGUGUCAUCAGAACGGUACCUG